AUGGAGAUAACUAUAGCUCAAGCUCUCUACUUCCUCCCCACAAUCUUCUUAGUCCUCGUAAUCUACAACCUCUUAACGAAAUCAUCGGAAGCGAAACGACGUCGCACAAACCUCCCACCAUCCCCGCCGGCGCUCCCAUUCAUCGGCCACCUCCUUCUCCUCAAACAACCCGUCCACCGAGCUUUACAAAACCUCUCAAACAAGUACGGCCCCAUUUACUCCCUCAAGUUGGGAGUCCGAAACGCGAUCGUCGUUUCAUCUCCAUCCUUGGCCGAGGAAUGCCUCAACAGAAACGACAUCGUCUUCGCCAACCGGCCCAACAACUUCUUGGGCUGGAAGAUCAUCGGCUACAACUACAAGACCAUGGGCGCGUCGCCUUACGGCCCACACUGGCGCAACCUCCGCCGCCUGUCCACCGUCGAGCUCCUCUCCGCCGCCCGCCUCAACUCCUUCCUCCCCGUCCGCCGCGACGAGGUCAAGCGCCUGGUUAACGGGCUGGUGAGCGAGGUUUCUGGCCGGCCGGGUUUUGGCCACGUGGCGAUGAGGUCGAGGCUGGUGGAUCUGUCGAUGAACGUUAUGAUGAGAAUGGUGGCGGGGAAAAGAUAUUUUGGGACGGAAGCGGGAGAAGGACGUUGUGGAGAAGGUGAGAGGUUCAAGGAGUUGAUAAGGGAAGUGUUUGAGCUGAGCGCCACGUCGAAUCCGGUGGACUUCUUGCCGGCGAUGAGGUGGGUGGAUUUCAGUGGGCUGGAGAAGAGGAUGUGGGAAGCUAAGGGGAAGAUCGAUGGCUUUUUUCAAGGUCUCAUUGAUGAGCGUCGGAAUGAUGAUGGAGCGAAGGAUGCUACGGAGAGAAAGACGAUGAUCGAUACGCUUUUGAGUUUGCAAGAGUCUGAGCCUGAAACGUACUCCGAUGAAAUCAUCAAAGGCCACGUGAUGGUAAGUUUUAACUUUAAAAUUUCAUUAACAUUUUUUUCCCCACGCACAGACAGCUCAGCAGCUACAAUAGAAUGGGCGAUGUCACUAUUACUAAACCACCCAAAAAUACUGAACAAGGCAAGAGCUGAGAUAGACAAUAUAGUCGGCAACAAUCGACUUGUAGAUGAAUCUGACUAUGUCAAGCUGCCGUACCUCCAAGGCAUCAUUAAUGAGACGCUUCGUCUAUAUCCACCAGCACCAACUUUAGUGCCACACCAAUCCUCGGAGGAUUGCACGGUAGGAGGCUAUUCUGUCAAGAAAGGGACGAUGUUAAUUGUCAAUGCAUGGGCUAUUCAUAGAGACCCCGCGAUAUGGGAAGACCCUACAAGAUUUUGGCCAGAGAGAUAUGAAGGAGCGGAGGUGGAGCCUUAUAAAUUCAUUCCAUUUGGUAUGGGAAGAAGGUCUUGCCCUGGCACCGGACUUGCAAAUCGGGUGGUGGGAAUGACUUUGGGUGCUCUGAUUCAAUGCUUUGACUGGAAGAGGACCAAUGAAGCAUUACUGGAUAUGUUAGAAGGGCAAGGGCUAACUAUGCCUAAAGCUGAGCCAUUGGAAGCCUUGUGCAAACCUCGAGAUUGUAUUGACAAUGCUUUCACCGUCAUGUGA